AUGACCUCCAUAAGCUCCUACGUCAGCAGCGCUGCAGACGUCGAGCCCACCCUGCGCCGCUUCCAGGAGAUGAUUGCCAAAUACCAGUUCAUGGAAGCCAAUGUAUCCAAACGAGCUGCGGGGCUGAGGGAGAAACUACCCGAGAUGGAGAGCACACUCUCCACCAUCCGCUUCCUGCGCAGAAGGAAGGCGAAGCUCGAAGAGGGUGAUGAUGAUGAUGAUGAUGAUGAUGAAAAAGAAGAAGCGGUGGCAGAUCUCGAAACCACAUUCUCGCUGAAUGAUACGCUCUACGCGAAAGCCAAGAUUGCGCCCAGGGAGAUCGAGGAGGUGUAUCUCUGGUUGGGCGCUAACGUGAUGGUUGCGUAUCCUCUGGCCGAGGCGGAGGAGAUGCUGAAGGCGAGGGUGGAGAAGGCGGAGGAGACGCUGAAGGCUUGCGCCGAGGACAUGGAGUUUCUGAGGGUGCAGAUCACGACGGUCGAGGUGGCGACGGCGAGGGUGUAUAACUGGGAUGUUGUGGAGAAGAGGAAGAGGAAGGCAAUCGCUGGGAAAGAGGGCGCGGAGGGAGAGGAAGAAGGAGGACAAGAGGAGGGUUAG